CAAAUUUAAAAUUAGUCAAUUUCUUUUUAAACGUCAAUUUAUACCAGUUUAUACUUUAAAAGCAUGGAUGAAGAAACUAAUGAAAUCAGCCAAAACAUAGAAGAUGACCAACAAGAUGAUAUAAAAAAAUAUGGUACCCCCUCGAAAAAAACCGAUCCAAAUCUUUUUACGAUUCGAAAUGAUAAAGCUACAAAAAGAAUAAUUGCACCGUAUGUAAACAUUGUAAGACGGGGUAAAAGGGCGGCUUUAAGUGAGAAAGAUCGGGAACUCGAAUUUUUCUUCGAGGGUAAACCAAGUAUUAUCGGUCGAAAUAUAAAUGAAUUUUUGGAUGAUACCGUUGACUUACCCACCGUUUUAUUGGAGUCCGUCGCCACAUUAAAAUCGAUUACUAAAUCGGCUGGAUCGCGAUUGUAUAUGGUCAAUGAAGAUCUUCAAGAGUAUUAUUGUUGUCCGAGAAAUAAUCCAAAUCCCGAACGAAAAAUCGGUUGGGCCGUCCAAGAAGGAAGCACAGUUGCGGGUUACGUCGCAGCUCGAAAAGAAUACGUUAUGAUUGGAGAUGUUUUAACCGACGCAAGAUUUCCAGAAGGGGUUCCUUUUACUGAUCCAACUGUAAAAGCAGUUCUUGCAGUUCCCGUGGUAACACCAACAAACGAAUGUUUAGCCGUAAUUGAGUUGUAUCGAGACGUUCUUCAACCAAAUUAUGAUCGAAAUGAUUUAAAAAUUGCUGUUGUUAUUGCUGGAUGGAUAGGAACAUCGAUACAUUUAAACAAAGAACGAAUGACUAUGCAAAGAAAUCAGAAAUUGAAUGAGUGCUUAAUGAAUUUAACGAAAUGUUAUUUUGCCGGCACUAUUACAUUGGGAAGGAUGAUUAAUGAAGUGGCGAGCUUUGCCAAGCAAGUGAUCGAUGCAGAAAAAGCAACAUUUUACAUUUUAAAUCGGGAAGAUAUGACAGCUGAUAUUUACGACGAAGCCCUAACAGGAAAUUCUAUGUUAAGGCGACAAUUAAAAGCAAAUUUUAAUAAAGAACAAAGCAUCGCCAGUAACGUGGCUAAAACAGGCCACACUAUAAACAUUCAAAACUCGUUUAAAGAUUAUAGAUCCCGUAGAGAUUUAAAUUCAAAAACAGCGUUUAUCGAACGAUCAGUUUUAGCAAUGCCAAUAAUGGGCGUUGAAGGUGUUUUGGGAGUUGUUGAAGCUGUUAAUAAAAUUGGGGAGGAAUGUUUUACGAGAACCGAUGAGGAAGUUUUUAGAACGUUUACUUUAUACUGUGCUUUAGCGCUGUAUUAUUCAAAAAUAGUUGAUGCUAGACAAAGAGCGGAUACUUUUUCCGAUGUGAUCAUGUCUUUAUUAAAACGUCAUCUAGAACCUUGCGAACACGAUAUUAAUGAUAUGAAAGAAAACCUGGAGUUUGAUGAGCCCCUUUCAAACGUUAAUGAUUUUGGUUGGUAUAUAACUCCGGAGAGAGUUAAUGAGCUUCCACAAAUCGUUUAUUACAUGAUGACUCAUGUUGGAGAACCAGAGUUUUUUGACAGCGAAGAACUAAUGAAAUUUAUCUUAUCAGUUAGAAUUUUUUAUAGAAAAAAUCCUUAUCACAAUUUCGAGCAUGCUUUUUCUGUAUGUCAUUGUAUGUAUAACAUUUUAAAACGAAACAUUGAGUUGUACACAGUAAACGAGAGGAAUUCUUUGCUACUCGCCGCUUUAUGUCAUGAUAUCGAUCACGGUGGAAUAACAAAUAGCUUUUUACAUUUGAACAAUGACCCCUUAUCCCGAUUAUAUGCGGAUGCACCAUGGGAAAAUCAUCAUUUUUGUGUGACUAUGUUACUUCUUGGGGAAAUUCACAUUUAUCAAAAUAUAUCUAAAUCCGACCACAAAUCAAUUCAACAAAUAAUCAGUAACGCUAUCUUAGCAACUGAUUUAUCAGUUUAUUUCAGAACUAGAGCUAAAAUAGCUCCAAUUGUAGAAGAUGAUACCUUCGAUUGGAACAAUCCACAACAUAGAACUAUGUUAAUUGAUAUUUCAAUGACAACUUGCGAUUUAUCCGGAAAUUGUAAACCGUUCCCGGUUGCGAAAAAAAUCGCUGAUAACCUUUAUGAAGAGUUUUACAAGCAAGGUGAUAUCGAACGUAGCAUGGGAUACACACCAUUAUCAACCAUGGAUAGAUUAAAACAAUACAACAUACCUGAAGAUCAAGUCGAAUUCUUAAGUGUUUUGGUCAUUCCAGCUUGUGAUCUUUUAAGGAAAUGUUUUCCAAACACUUCACCACUUUAUGAUGAAGCUUGUAAUUUAAGAGAUGAUUGGUGGGAAGUAAUAAGAAUAAGAAACGAACGUUGUUGGAACGUAGAGGAAGUUCUAGGAACUGAUAUUUUAAUGGCUCAACCAAGGAUAUAAAUUUAAAAAAAUGCCUGCUAAUGAGAAAAAUAUGUUUAAUACAUCUAGAAAUAUAAUAAUUAAU